AUGCCGAUGCUAGAACAGAAACAGCAGGAAGGAGGCGCGCUGGAGUCGGGAAAUGCCAAAGAAGCGGGUAAUUCGUACGUCAACGACGAGACUGACUAUUCGAUGUGGAAACAGCUGAUUUUAAUACACACGAAAAGCGCUUGGAAUAAUUUAAUCGCAUUGAUGGUCUUCAUUGAGUUCCAAUUGGUCCUGUACGACGUAUCUUUCAGAGGACGAACGUCAUUUCCACCACAGACCAGUGUAAUUCGACGCAGCGUGGGUCAGAGAACAGUUUCCAUAAGGAUUAUAGAACUGCUUGUCCUGCUUUUUUCAAUGACGGGUGUCGCAAUCGCGGUGAUGAUUCGCACCGUUGACAUGAUUAAGCUUGAUUUAAAAUGGUUAGCGAUAAUCGAGGAACGAUCUACAAAUCCCAAGAGCGAGUUUGAAUGGUGUGUCAUCUGCUACUACGUUAUAAUGACACAAGUAUCCGGCCAUGGUUUUCCCGAAGUCUAUCCAGCAAACUAUAGUUUCGUUUUUAUCGUGAUCGUACUUGCUGCUCUGUGGAUGGUUCAGGCCUUUGAAAUCGCUCACAUGACGGAUAUACUCGUGCAAAGGGAUUACAAUCGCUCACUUUUUCAUCGUGAGAUGCAUCUGAUCACUUCAUAUAUGGAUGAGAUAACAGCCCCGAAAGAGAUGCGAUACAAGGUGGAAAAGUACUUUACUUAUUUUUGGAAGAAGCAAGGUAACUCCGAGUUCAAUAUAAUGAAAUUCACUCUUUAUCCAACCAUAUUCCUGAAGGAAUGCGCUUUGGAAUUGGCCUGGGAUGCUUACAAGCAUUCGCACCUGUUCCGCGAUCAACCGAUCCCAUUCCUUCGGAAUUUGGCAAUACUUUUCGAGCAUGAAUAUUACCGUCCCGGCGAAGUGAUAUUCCGCAAGUACGAGUGGAAGACGAAAUUGAUCUACGUCGUAAAAGGUGUCAUCCAACUUCUGUCGGAGGAGGACGACCAGUCACCGAUCCUGAGUUUUUCCGGGGGAACAGUUCUCGGCGAAAGCACCUUGAUCCUUAGCCACAGAUCGCUCUGCAACGUGAUCGCCUGCACGGAGGUGGAACUGAACGUGCUGCAUCGGCACAAAUUUGUCGAAUUGAUGUCAUCCAGGUACCAUGGAAUUCACAGGGUCAUUCAGUCCAGGGUCAGACUCAGGUACUGGAAAGCAGUCAGGAUGGUAGCCAUCGGCGCUGCUCUUCAGAAGAACAAGUCCCACAUUGUAAACGUGCCCGCCUGCACUGACAUAGCUUGGCUCAAGCAGACCCUGACAGUGUUGCAAAAUCGGACAAAUCGUAUAACUCGAAGAGAAAAGAGAGGCGUGCAGACGGACACAGUUUUCACAUCCACAGAUUUCAGAUAUACAUUCGCAUUUUUGGAUAUGCUCGUCAUAUCGGACGACAUCGCCACCAUGACGGAACAGGUUUGUCUCAACAAUGGUAAAUUACCAUGGAUAUUCUGCCCUGAUACGAUGAUUCUCAAAUACUGGAGAGCUUUCGUAAUGGCCUGUUGUCUCGUUCUGACUGCAAUUAUUCCUCUCCAUGUCACCCUACCGAGUUUCCAGGUUAUUGAUCUCAUCUUCGGUCUCCACGUACUUUCUCUGGUCUAUCUUUUUGAUUUUCUCAUCAUUUCGUCAACCGUGAUUCACGAGAACGACAUGGUGUACACGGACAUUCUUGACAUUAUCUCCAGGAGGAUGCAUUACAUGAGUUACUGGGCUGACUUCAUGGCUGCCUUCCCUGCCGAUUGGAUAUUAGAAAUGUUCGGAUCCAGAGAUGCGCAGGUUCUUGCCUACUGCAAGCUCAAUCGAUUAGUGAAGAUUUACAAGUUCAGCGAGCUCUUUUCGUUUCUCGAAAACAAGAUGAUCCUAUCCUCGAAAAAGAUACUCAUGAUAAAGUACGCGUUCUACAUGAUGACACUGAUUUACUUGUCCGGAGCUUACAUAUUGCUCGCAACCUGCCCAUAUUCCCAGUGCGAUUCGUCGGGAUGGCUGCAGAUAUUCUUAGCAACUUCCAACGAGGAUAUGACUGGAAGGUUCCUGGCUUCCAGCCUCUUUUAUGCUUCUCAGAUUCUCAUUGGCGUGGGUAUAGACCUCAUAGUCCCUGUAUUAGUGACCGAGUACCUUGUCAGCAUUUCACUCAUCGUUAUUGGAGCCACUGUGUUCGUCUACUUCAUUUCAUCUGCCACCGCCUGCCAAAUACUCGACGGAUUCACCAAGACUUGGCUCAGAUUUAAUACCGCAAACAUCGCAUUGAUGAUGGAUAUAAAUAUGGUCACCAAGUCGAUUCAGAACCGAGUGUUCUGCUACCUCGAGAUGGAGUGGUUCGCCAACAAGGCCCACGUUUUGACCUUUGAGCGGCAGAUCUUCGACACGAUGACCGCGAAGCUGAGACAGGAGCUGGACAUUGAGCGUUUCGCAUCGCUGAUAAGAAAGGUUGAGUUCUUUGGUGGUAUGAGCGAAGAGUGUAUAAACGAAAUAUGCUCUGUCUGUCGACUGAUGCUUCUUCCGCCGCACGAGGUGUUGGGCUACAGAGGCAGCGAGUGCCAGGAGAUGUACAUAAUAGAAAAGGGACACUGUCAAAUAUGGAGGAAUGUUGACUGGACGCCGAUCGAUUUGACGAAGGGAACGGAACUCUACGUUCUUGAGAUGUGCUGCAGCAUGAACAAGGUUCACACUGUGACGACCGUAACUCACGCUUCCGUCGUCCAGAUUCGACUCCGGGACUUGAUGCAAGUGCUGUCCAAAUUCCUGCUAGAGAAAAGGUGCCUCACUCGGGUGUUGGCUAAGUUUAGGAACUCAGCGGAGUUUACGAAGCUCGUCAGCAUUCAGUCCAAUCGUAUGAUGCCAAACGAGAUGGCGGAGAUUGAGAAAAAGUGGCAAGAAAUCGAGGACCUCACGCGACGACAGAAAAGCCCGAAAAUUCAAAGUUUGGAAAAGGAUACUUUGUCAGAUCAUGCGAUUGGCAAUGUCUCUGGGGAGCGAUCUUGGAGGCACACAUUGAUGAUGUUAUUCUUAUUCAAGUCCACUAUCAAUCCUGACGGAAGAUUCAUUAAAAUCUGGGAAGGUGUUCGGUUCACCUGCGCUUAUCUACUUAUCACACUUUAUUCAGGAGAUGCUAUCUUCUCUCAACUUAUGCCUGAUUUUUUUCGAAUCACAGCGAUAUCAACUCUGAAUUUGAUGAUGGUGAUUGACUUUUACGUGCAACUCCACGUCCAGUUUUAUAACAAUCACAGAAUCCUGGUAACACAUCCAUUAUCAACCGCUAAAAACUACGUAUUCAGCGGAAUGAUCGUUGACCUGAUCGCAGUGUUUCCUUUCGAAUACUUCUUCCUCUCACCAGCCUCCCGAAACGCCAAGACGCUCUGGUUCUACAGACUCAACAGAAUCCUGAUGACGCACCGAAUGAUCGCCGAUCUGAUGCACUACUACUCCUGGCCAUACACCCUCAAGUAUAUGAGCUGCGUGAUAUUUCUCCCGCUGAUCACCCUGAUCGGACACGUUUUUGCCUGCGCUCUUCUCCACGAGUUAUGCGACUUGGGAAGUGACGUUAAAAAGAACGAAGACUUUGCUCCUGGGAUAUCUUGCAGUCUCGAAAACGUUCAGAUGAAACACGAAGAACGAGAUCCGAUAACACCCUUGAAGAUGUACAUUUAUUCGUUGCUUUACGUAUGUGCAACUUUGACGAGAAUCGGAGACGUGAAUUUGAAACCUAUGAGGUACAGCUCGGUGGUCUACAUUCUCGUAAUGACUUCAAUGAGUUUUCUGCUUCUGAUGAUCGUCGUGACGCACACAAUAUCAACGAUAUCGCAGAAAGACGCAAAGCUCACCGCUUACCAGCAGCAAAUGAUGAUCCUGAUGUCAUAUCUGAAGGAAAACAAAGUUUCCACGGAACUUCGACAUGAAGUCGUAAACUACUUUGAGAACUUCUGGAUCCUCAGGCGAGGAACUUCGAUCAUCAAACAAAUGCAGCUCUUUCCUCCUGCAUUGAAGGACGACGUUCUAUGGUGUGUCUAUGGGCCGUCACUGAUGAAAAGUCCUGGAUUCUCGCAGAAAAAUGAAUCCUUCUUCCGAUCCCUCUUUCGCAACAUGGAAGUCAAGUUUUAUUCCAAAAGGUCGGAGAUCAUGACAGUAAAUCUAGUUCACCGUUCAGUCUACUUCAUUCAUCGGGGAUUGGCCGAAGCUUUUGGUCCAGACGGAACUCUUAUCGCAGUUCUUGGCUGUGGAAGCAUUUUUGGAAACUUUACUGGCUCUUCAACGAUGCGACAAACUUGUAGCAUCGUGACCCGAACUCACGUCGAAGCGAUAGUGAUCGAUUCGACCGAUUUCUUCAACCUUAUGAUGAGCCAUCCGGGAAUGAAGAAGAGAUUUUUAAGCGCUGUGGCGUUAAACACUGACUUUCUGGAGACAGAAUGCGAGGCGGAAACAACGAAAGACACUGGAGACCAGUUUCGGACAAAAUCCUCAGUGUUCAUCCUACUGCCUAACUCAAAACUUGUACGAGCCUGGGAGAUUUUUGCGGUACUCUUCAGCUGCCACUUCGCCUUCAGCGUCUGUCUUUACCACAUAGCUGUCAACCACUUCAAAAGUAGAUACUCGCUGAUCAUCCUCUAUGUCACCGAUCUCAUUUUCCUUGUGAAAAUCGUGCUGGUCUUCUUCACCGCCUUCGAAGACGACCUCGGUGAUUUCGUAGUUGAUAAAGCUGAAAUUGCUCGAAGUCUUCUUCACGCGGCAACUUGCUUUCUGAUAAUCGCACAGAAGGCGGCAUUCGACGAUAUGACAGCCCUCGAAGGGCUCGAAAUUUACGUCAAUAAUUUUUACGCGGUUUCCGCAACCUUCGCGGUCAUAUCCUCGCGAAUCAUCGCCAAAAACUCGCUCGAGGCUUGCUACUUCAUCGUUUUGUUCCUCAUAUUUUAUGUCGCCUACUCCGUUUUGCUCGGCGAAAUUUGCGCCAUAGUUGGCAUCAAUCAGUUCAUCAUGAACGAGUACGAGCGCCGGAUAAACUUCUUCCGGGAUCGCAUGAACUGCAUGGAUCUGACUUACGCUCUCAAGCUGAGCGCUUGGAACUACGGAUCAAAGCUCUGGGACAUGCGGAGCGGUCAGCAAACGCCGGUUUUGAUGAGCGAGUUGCCGGUUUAUCUUCAAUACGCGGUUUCGUACCAAAUGUACGGACGCCAUCUUCGGCGAAGCAGCGUUUUCGGCGAGUUACACGAGGACUUCAUAAAACAGCUGACCUUCCACUUCAAGGACAGCCUCUUUUUUCCGGGCGAUACUAUCGUGCACGUCGGCGAAGUCGACGAGACCAUUUAUUUCGUUCACAAGGGAACCGUCAACGUCACUGUCCAGGAAUCACUCGUCGACGAGGAAGACACCCGGUUGACAAAGACCCUUAGAGCCGGCGAUUCCUUCGGAAUUCUCCAAGGUCUUUACGAAAAAAUGCCUCACAACGCGACUUACACCGCUCAAACGACGACGCACAUCGUUUACCUGAAUCGGCCCGACUGGAUUUACCUUUUGAAGUAUUUUCCCGUCACUGCUGUCAAAUUGUACAGAGAAGCCACACGUCUUAUCCAAUCCUCUGGACUCGAGGUUUUCGUUUGA